GACCAGCUUGAUAAACAGAGGCAAGUCGGACAGGCAGGCAGGCAGGCAGGACAGGCCAGGAAAGCCGCGGGAGAGCCCAACCACACAAGCCAGCAUGGAAGGAGCCAAGGAGAGCCCGACGGUGACGACUGAUCUCGAGCGGGCUAUCGAAACUGUGGUAGAGUGUUACAACAAACACUGCCACAAAAGUUUCUGGAACAAUAAAGAGCAAGGGAUCAACCAGAACGAAUUCAGAGAGAUGCUCAGAAAUAAACUGAACCACAUGCUGAAUGGCGCCAAGGAGAAGAAGCUGGCCGACGAAGAGUUCAAAAGGCUGGAUGCGGAUGGCGACAAGAAGAUCAGUUUUGACGAAUAUUGGAAUCUGAUGAGUGAAAUGGCCCAGCACUUCUCCAAGAGGAAGGAAUAUGAGGCGGAAAAGAAAGAUGGCCCCUGAAUCAAAGGGAUAUAACACCCCCUGUGGGGAAGGAGAAAUUCAGGGGAGGCUGGGGGGGGAGGUAUCUCAGAAAUUAAGGAAGUUGUCAAACUGUGAAUAACACUGGAAUAAAAGUCGAAGCCGCAAAA